UCUUAUUUUCGGGGAAACAGGGUAGUUCUCCUAGAGAAAAUGGCUCCUUUCGAGGGUACACCGAUAGCAUGAUGCUCGGCCCCAGGAAUUUCUCAACGUGGAGUCGGCAACCCGACCGGAAACACGCCAUGAUUUGUGGUGGGCCAGGCAGGACUAUACCAGUCCCUGGCGAUGUUCCUGGUCGCCUAUUUCAUCAUUGGCAUGACGGUCCUCUCGGUGUGCGCCAUCUCGACCAACGGGGCUUUGGAUGCCGGCGGUGCCUACUAUAUGAUCAGCAGGGCGCUGGGACCCGAGUUCGGGGGCAGCAUCGGGAUCAUGUUCUUCUUGGCCAACGUUUGUGGCAGUGCCCUCUACGUCCUGGGGCUAGUGGAAGCUGUCGUGGAUGACUUCGGGGUCCUAGCAGCAGACGGCAGUGUGGGUAAUGGCGUUCACGUCCUGAAGACAGGAUACUGGUAUGAGCUGCUGUAUGGGACGGUUAUCUUGCUCCUGUGCCUCCUCGUGUGCCUGGUGGGCGCCGGCAUCUACGCUAAGGCCACCUUCCUCAUCUUCGUCAUCGUCAUGGGAGUCCUGGGAACCGUCUGCCUCAGUUUCUUCUUGGUGGGUCCUCGCACGGUGCUGCUGCCGGGCGGCAACGCCACGGGCCUCAUAAACGCAUCCUUCACCGGCUUCAGGCUCCACACCCUUCGGUCGAACCUCGCAGCUGACUACACUGUGGAUUACACCACCGGGGUCCUGAUGAGCUUCAGUACCGUCUUUGCCGUCAUGUUCAACGGCUGCACGGGCAUCAUGGCUGGGUCCAACAUGUCUGGGGACUUGAAGCGGCCCAGCUACUCCAUCCCGAGGGGAACCAUCAUCGCCGUCAUCUUCACCUACAUCGUCUACAAUUUGCUGGCUGUCCUGUUGAGCUGCACCUGUGACAGGCUCCUCCUCCAACGAGACUACGGCUUCCUGAAGGACAUCAACAUCUGGUCCCCCCUGGUCACCAUCGGCAUCUACUGCUCCACCCUGUCGGCAGCCAUGAGCAACCUGAUUGGCGCCUCUCGGAUCCUCUACGCUUUGGCCAAGGACGACCUCUUUGGCAAAGCUCUGGCCCCAGCAAAGAAGACAUCCUGCAGUGGAAACCCGUGGGUGGCCGUGGUUCUCUCCUGGAUGCUCGUGCAGCUGGUGCUGUUCUCCGGGAAGCUAAACACCAUCGCCGCCAUUGUGACCAUCUUCUUCCUCUUGGUCUACGCCACCGUGGAUUUGGCCUGCCUGGCGCUGGAGUGGGCGUCUGCUCCGAACUUCAGGCCCACCUUCCAGUACUUCACCUGGCACACCUGUAUGCUGGGCAUCGCGGGGUGCACAGUCAUGGUCUUCCUCAUCAGCCCCAUCUACGCCUCGGCCAGCAUCGCCUUCAUGAUCGUUCUCCUCCUGGCCCUCCACUACCUGUCCCCCAGCAGCAGCUGGGGCUACAUCAGCCAAGCUCUCAUUUUUCACCAGGUGCGCAAAUACCUGCUGAUGCUGGACAUCCGUAAAGAGCACGUCAAGUUCUGGCGCCCCCAAGUACUGCUGAUGGUGCGGAACCCACGGUCUUCUCUACAGCUGAUCAGCUUCAUUAAUGACUUGAAGAAAAGCGGUUUGUACGUGCUUGGCCAUGUGGAGCUGGAUAAUUUAGAUUCUCUGCCCGCGGAUCCCCUGCCGCCCCAAUACGAUUCGUGGUUGCAGCUCGUGGACAGGCUGAACAUCAAGGCAUUUGUUAACCUGAACCUGUCCGACUCUGUCCGACACGGCACACAACAACUGCUCUUCAUCUCUGGCCUAGGAGGUAUCGCAUUAACACCGUAGCUCACAGGUUUCUUUGGCGACUUACACCGCCACUGG